AGUUCGAGAGUGUUGGUAGUGCGCAGUGCGCUUCGUUAAAAGAAGACAUAUCAACAUUACUGAAACAAAAGUAAACUGUACAAUUGGUAUAAUUACAAAGUUCAUGUACUUAAAAUACGAACACAGUGUUAUAAGAUCGCUCUCGUACCAUUUCAAACAAAAAUCUCAAUUUUAGAGAUUGAGUGAGUGGCGUUUGCUACCCAUAUUGUGUGUAAAAAAAACCAAGUGCAUCAAAUAAGAACGACAACUCUUUUGUUGAUAUCGAACUCAUAGAAAUAUUGAUAGUAGGAGGAAAGGUUUUACUUAUUUCCAAAAAUAAAUACACUGGCAACGCGUGUGUUGCAACGACUCUCUCACUCUAAGUGACUGAGUGAGUGAGUGACUGUGCGUGUGUGUGUGUGUGAGUUGCUAUAUAACGCCUAGUGGAGACUCUGUGGCGUUUGUGGGUUUGUGUUGGUGUUAGUGUUGGUGUCUGUCCCCUCCGAACAGUACAGGCAUAGUCACAAAACAAAAGUUUUGGCGCCAAUUUUUUGACAUUUCAUUUCGUUAGCUGAUUCGCUGAAAUCGCAGCCAAAUAGCAAAACAAGUGCAAGACUAAAGUACAAACUGCGUCGCAUAAAGCACCAACAAAACCAAAAAUCAAAACACACUAAAUCACACGAUGGUCAGUGCACGCGUUCUCAAUCCCGUGGUGCUCAGUGAAUUCUGCAGGAUGAGUCCGGCGAUAAAUCGCAAUUUCCCCUGCCGCAAGUUGAACAGGGUCAAGCGAGACUUGUUUGGAACUGCCCAUUCGAAUAUCUCGUCUGGUGAUGCUGCCAAAAACAACAGGCACUUUAAUGCCGAGCUGGAACGCCACCAAGAACAGGCAACACAAAAGUGGGGCUUUGAUUUUCGCUCUGGAUGCCCGCUCAGCGUCAGUUCGACCUUCGUUUGGGAGCGUGUGAGCUCCCAGGAAUCUACCAUUGCGCCUGAGAUGUACACACUCACACGUGCGGCUCAUGUGCGGCCGGAGCCUUCGGAGGCCAGUGACCUUGAUCUGCUGCUCAACGAGCGCGCCGAUCGUGAGCAUGUGACAAAUUCGUCCCUGGAGUCCACUACAGAUAAUGAGUCGGGCUUUGACUCGCUGCUCAUGGACUUCCCCAUGCCCAGUAGCAACAGCGCCAGCAACGGUUCCUCUACGUCCACGGGAUCUUUGUCCUGCUCGCCACCCAAGCGACAGCUCAAAAUCACAGAGUUCAUGAAGGAGCGCAAGCGACUUGCGCAAGCGCCGAAGAAAAUCUCGCCAGCCAAACGCCUGCGCACCAGCUCCGGCAGCAGCCAUAGCAGUAGUAUGGUCGCCUCCAGCCUGAACGCCUUUCUUGGCGGACAAAUGAAGCGUCGGCGCAAUAAUUGAACACAUACGGCAAAAACGCCAGCCAACCAACCCCACUUGCAAUUUGCAGUUUACAAUUAGAAUUUGUAAUUGUAUUUUAGUUUCCUUUUUAAUACCAGUAACCCAUAUCGAUAGCAACCGUAGUUCUUAAGUGGCUACCCUUUUUUCGUUUUAACUCACCAAUACGCAAUUUUAUAAACUCAUUAAUGCAGGUAGAAAGGGCUCAAGUUGCGAAUAUUAACUAUUAGUCUAUUCUUUAUUAGUCUAUCAUAUAUAAGAAUGAGCAUUAUGAAACUUUGUAGAUUUCUCUAGUGAGAAAUGCCAUAAACUAAGUGAUUAGCUACUAACGCAAACUCGAUAAACUACAUGUACGAACGACCCAAUGAAAACCAUAACCAUGAAAAUUGCACUAAGAAUAUUUGUAAAUUUUAAAGCAACCAUUUGUUGUUGCUUAUAUAAUUUGCUAUGGUUGUGCAGAACUUUUCGUGGCCUUGUAAUAUGGAAUAUUUUUUGUAUAUUGUAUGAGCAAGGCCAGGACAACUUUUGCCACCUAGAUAAACUCUCAGCGAUAAAUUUAACAAAUUUAAAGGUUAAACUUAUUGCUAUGGAGUUUUUAGUGGAAACCAAGAAUCUUAACCACCAUGAUCCUUAAUAAGUCCAGUGCACAAUUACAUAAACAGUUAUGUAUACUCCACAUUGGCAACCAAUUCGUGCGCCCUUGCCGUUUCAAUUAACGCCAAGUGCAUUCGAAUUGAACUUUUUCUUUUCCUUACAACAUUUUAUUACUCAAUUUACAUGCUUUGCUUUCCAUUUGUUGCUCCUUGUUGGCACCUCUUUUUGCUAUCAACAGUGUACAAAUGAUAUACAAAAUGAUGUCUAUGCAUGGGCAGAGCCCAUGCUGAUUACCUCUUACCCUACAUAAGCUACCCUAUAAGUUAACUAAGAACAAACCCAAAGUAUUUACAUAAUAUUUAUAUAUAAUAUUGUACGUAGGCUAAUAUACACCAUAUACAUACAGCUUCAAUAAUAAAGUGAAAAACGAGAAAAAAUAUUA